AUGGGUCGGUUGCAAAAGAUUCUCAUUCCCUUGCUGGGAUUGGUUUUGGCCUUCUGGUUUUAUUCUGCGAGGGAGAAUUUCAAACCGGAGAUGCUGAAAGGGAAGAGGGUGAUUGUCACCGGAGCCAGCACAGGGAUUGGUGAACAGAUUGCAUAUCACCUGGCACGGAUGGGAUCCCACAUCCUCAUCACUGCACGGACAGAGGCCAAACUGCAGAAAGUGGUGGAGCAGUGCCUGGAGCUUGGAGCAGCCUCAGCACAGUACAUCAGUGGCACCAUGGAGGACAUGGCCUUUGCUGAGCACGUGGUGAGGAAGGCAGAGACCUUGCUGGGAGGUCUGGACAUGCUGAUUCUUAACCACGUUGGUGCAUCAUACUUUGGUUUCUUCGAUGGGGAUGUUGAGCACGUACGAAAGCUCCUGGAAAUCAACUUCCUCAGCUACGUGGCCAUGACCACAUCAGCCCUGCCCAUGCUGAAGGAGAGUGAGGGCAGCAUUGUGGUGGUUUCAUCCAUGGCAGGUAAAGUUGGGUUUCCCUUUACCGUCCCCUAUUCUGCAACUAAGUUUGCCCUGGAUGGAUUUUUCAGCUCCCUGAGGCAGGAAUUCAGCAUUCAGAGCAUUAAUGUUUCCAUCACACUCUGCAUUCUUGGCUUCAUUGAUACUGGUAAGAGCAGUGCUGUUUGA